CUAAAGAUACAAGGUACGAAAUGAGAGCGCUAAAGACAUCAAAGAGAAGAACUGAAAAGGUUAGGAGUUUUUGCCAGUAGUGACAAAUUGCCUGUCAGCUAAAAACUCAAAAGUAACAUCCAAAAGGAGGGGUAACAGCAGCGAGAGCACAUGUGAGAGAAUUAGGGUAUAGAGAGAGACAGCGAGAGAGAAAGAGAGAGUAGACUAUUGAACUGUAAGCAGAGGACAUGAGAGAUGCAAUAUCAAUCAGUAUAUGUACUCAGCAGAGGCAAAAGAAACUGUAACCUGUAAGCUGAUUUAUGACCGGUUGACCUGCCGUUGCCCAUUUGACCUGCAGCUUUCAGUGACCUGAGUUUAUGGACAGACUGAUCGAUAGAGAACAGCACCUCUAAAUUCUCUUUUAGCCUUCAACAACAGCAAAUGAAAAAUGACAACUGCCACAAGACUUUUGGAUGAGCUGUGUCACUUAACGGUUCAGUCUCUAGAAUCACUAGAACCCUUAGAUCACUUCCAAGUUAUUAAACUUCUUGGAGAGGGUUCAUACGGCAAAGUUAUGUUAGCGGUGCACAAGAAGAGAGGAACCCCAAUGGCCCUUAAAUUCUUUCUGCGAGAAUCCACAUCUCUCCUGUCCUUUCUGAGGGAAUAUAACCUGUCUUUGGCCUUCUGCACCCACCCUUCACUUACCUCAGCUUUGGGCAUUGCUUUCUCCACUCCUACUCACUACGUGUUCGCCCAGCAACCUUGCCUCUACGGCGACCUCUAUGAUGUCAUCGUUCCUGAGGUUGGUUUGGAAGAGAGCCGUGCCCAGGGAGUGGCUUCCCAGAUCAGCGGUGCCCUCUCUCACCUCCAUUCCCUUGGCUUUGUCCAUCGAGAUGUCAAACCGGAAAACAUCUUCCUAUGUGACCGUAACUGUCAUUGGGUCAAGCUUGGUGAUUUUGGCAUGGUCAAGGCUGCAGGGACCAGGGUACCGUGCGUGUGGUACAGUUCCCCUUACUGCACACCUGAGGCUGAGAUUGCAAGGAAGGGGGAGGAGAUUGAUUUGGGCCACUCAGAGGUGGAUGACAAUGGGAACAAGCCAAAAGGGGACUCUGGAAAGACUCGAAGGAUGUUGGUGUCUGUGGAGCCCAGUACAGACAGUUGGGCACUAGGCAUUCUAAUCUACGCCAUGCUUAUGGGGAGCCUUCCGUGGUCUGAGACUGUUUCAGACAACACUGCAUAUAAAAGCUAUCUAAAGUGGAGCAAUUGGGAAGGUUUGGCAUUACAAGAGAGAGGGUCAGAUCAACCUGAGGACUUCCACCAGGUGGCAACCCAGUUUGCUGCAUUCACCCCUCUUGCAACAUGUCUUCUCAAAUCCCUGCUCCAUCCACAGCCCAGGCUUCGUGGCAGGCCAGAUGAAGUGGGAAGGUACCUGGGAGGAGCCUGGCUAUCAGACAAGGAUGUCAGUGGGUGAUGCAACAAAGGAAAGACAGGACUGAGGUUGUUGUCAUCUGGACUAUUCACUCUAUGGUGGCAAGAAUGGCAAUCACUUUUUAGAAGAGGUUCUGAUGGUAAUCUGUUGCCAGUUUUAAAAUAUAAGACUGUUGUUUAAUACAUUCUAUAUAUUCAUAA